GCCGGGGCUAAGGGUGCUGCUCCUGCUUUUAAAGGAGGGAUUGGGAUAUCCCGGUCCUAGGGGCACAGGCUGGGCCCUUCUGAGGCUGGGGCCGGUCUGACUUGCAUCCCGCACUGCCGCGGUGGGACGCCCAGGCUUAGGGGGUCCCACGAUGGAGUCCUCUCAGGAGCUCGCACCUUCCUGGGACUUCAGACCCUAGGAUGGAGGUGUGGGGGUCGCGGGCACUGAGGGCUCAAGAUUUCACUCUCAGCUGCCAGGGACCCAGAAAACUGUUUAUUAUUAGACUUAUUGGCUGCCAGCACCAGGCAGGCCCCUUCGUUAAUGUGCGAACAUGUAUGUGGCUGUGCUGUUAAGCACAAGAAGCUCUGUGGAGACGCCAACGUUGUCUCCGACCCUUGGAGCCCAUGCGGCAGAGCCCCCAGGGAGAUGUAAGAAAUCCGUAAAUCCGUAGCUGAGCAGGAUGGGCAGUGUCACGCGAGGGACCUUCCCAGUCUUGGCCUGAGAGGCUCAUUUUGGAAAAUCAGUUAGGCCCUGCAGGUAGCAAGAGCUAAAUGGCUGCUCACUGAAGCAAGAAGCUUCCAUUUCAGCAACAGUCCCGGUAUCACAUGUAACCUGCUGGGUUCCAUUUCAACCUUUAAUAUACUUUAAUUCCUGUAAUCCCGGCCAUGGAUGGGACUGCCUGCUGGGUCGCCACCCUCGUCUGAGGGAAGAGAGAAAUUGAGGUAUGCCAAAUGGUGCCUGGCUCCCAUCCUAAUAACAGAAAUAUGACUGUGCAUGGAUUUCAAUAUCUUUGGCACUAAAAUAACCUUAUCUGUUAAUUCCAUCUUUCCCUGAACUUUUUGAGUGCCUUCAUAAUCACCCUGGAAGUCACUAGUGCUAGCAACUGAUGUGCCCUCCCUGGUCUCAGUUUCCAUGUCUGUGGAAUAGGGUAGGAAAAUAUGAGAUGAUUCUUCAGCAACAUCUGGAGUGCACCAGUCACGUAGCAGGCCAAGCCAGUUUCACUGAAGUCAGGUUUGCCCUGGGUGCUGGUCCCCAGGCUCUCAGCUGCAGCCCUUCUCACCUGCACCCAGAGCCCCACAGAGACCAACCCAGCGUCUUCUAGUCCCUCUUCUGCCAGAGCUGGAGCUGUCUGUCCUCACAAGAGGCCAGACGAUCAGAGAAUGACUAUCGGGAUCCUAACAGCCAGGGCCCCAGUGAGUAUAGACCUCCUCACCCCUCCCAGGCCCUGACCUGAGUCCCCACUUGGCCCGUGCUAUCCUCACUCUUCCUUAGCCAGGAGUGCACUUUAGCCAGCUUUCCUUGUCAGUCUUUAGGUCUCAGUCACUUCCUCACUACACUACUCAGUGUACCUGAGGCUGGACAACUUAGAAUGAACACAUUUAUUGACUCACAGUUCUGGAGGAAAACCUGAACCAGACCUCCAGACCCACGUGAACUUUAUCACGUCAUGACUGGCUGGUGUUCCUGUUCACCAGCUCCCCUCACUAGUGACCAGUGCCAGGCUUGGUCUGGCUGAAGACACUUGGGAUGUUUCAGGAGCAAGUGGCCUUGGGGACAUGGUUGUGGACUUCACCCAGGAGGAAUGGGGGCACCUGGAGCCCACCCAGAGAACACUGUAUCGUGAGGUGCUGCUGGAGACAUUCAGACUCUGGUCUCUGGGAUAUUGGUUCCCAAAGCCAGAUGUCAUCUCCCCACUGGAGCAAGAGGCAGAACCAUGGCCAGUGCAUCCUGGAGUUUCACAAAGUGUGUUGAAUAUUAAGGGAUAUGUCCUUGUUUUGUUUCUCUCAGACUUGGAAAGUAGAUCUGAAACUAGACAGUCCGCUCCAGAGCAAAGCAUAUCUGAGGAAAUACCCAAUGGUGUCAUCCUGGUAGAAAGAGUCCUGUGGGACCGUCCAUGGAUCUCUAAGAGUGAGGCUACCAAGGGCCACUGGGAGUGGAGCUGUGAGAGCCUGCAGAGCUUUGUGGCGCAUGUGGCCUUCACACCAGUGAAGAUACCCACUCGGAAGCAGUGCCAGGGGAAUGAGUUUGGGGAAAAUCUGGGUCUGAGCCCUGAUCUCCCAACUCAACCAAUGACUCCUGAAAGACAAGGCCCCCACACAUGGGGAAUACACAAAGAGAGGGAAAAGCCCAACUCAAGGUCAAAUGCUCAACAGAAAACCUAUGCAAAGGAGAAACCCUACAAAUGUCAGGAAUGUGAAAAGGCUUUUAGUCACAGCUCAGCACUCAUCGAACACCACCGGACACAUUCAGGAGAGAGACCUUAUGAAUGCCAUGAAUGUGGGAAAGGGUUCCGAAACAGCUCAGCACUUAGCAAACACCAGAGAAUCCACACCGGGGAGAAACCCUACAAAUGCACCCACUGUGGGAGGACUUUCAACCAGAUUGCCCCACUGAUCCAGCAUCAGAGAACUCACACAGGUGAAAAGCCCUAUGAGUGCAGUGAAUGUGGGAAGUCUUUCAGUUUCAGGUCCUCCUUCAGCCAGCAUGAGCGGACUCACACAGGAGAGAAGCCCUACGAGUGCAAUGAGUGUGGGAAAGCCUUCCGGCAAAGCAUCCACCUCACACAGCACCUGCGGAUCCACACUGGUGAGAAACCCUAUCAGUGUGGAGAAUGCGGCAAGGCCUUCAGCCACAGUUCAUCUUUGACCAAGCACCAGCGAAUCCACACUGGAGAGAAGCCCUAUGAGUGCCACGAGUGUGGAAAAGCCUUCACCCAGAUCACGCCACUGAUUCAGCAUCAGAGGACCCACACAGGAGAGAAGCCCUAUGAGUGCAGUGAAUGUGGGAAAGCCUUUAGCCAGAGCACACUCCUGACUGAGCACCGGAGGAUCCACACGGGAGAGAAGCCCUAUGGCUGCAAUGAGUGUGGGAAAACCUUCAGUCACAGUUCCUCGCUCAGCCAGCAUGAGCGGACACACACCGGAGAGAAGCCCUAUGAGUGCAGUCAGUGUGGGAAGGCCUUCCGGCAGAGCACACACCUCACACAGCACCAGAGAAUCCACACAGGGGAGAAGCCCUAUGAGUGCAGUGACUGUGGCAAGGCCUUCAGCCACAGCUCAUCCCUGACUAAGCACCAGCGAAUCCACACUGGAGAGAAGCCCUAUGAGUGUACCGCAUGUGGCAGGGCCUUUAGCCAGCUUGCUCCCCUCAUUCAGCACCGGAGGAUCCACACAGGAGAGAAGCCCUAUGAGUGUAACGAGUGUGGCAGAGCCUUCAGCCAGAGCUCCCUUCUUAUAGAACACCAGAGGAUUCACACCAACGAAAAGCCUUAUGGGUGCAACGAAUGUGGGAAAUCCUUUAGUCACAGCUCCUCACUGAGCCAGCACGAAAGGACGCACACUGGAGAAAAGCCCUAUGAAUGUCAGGACUGUGGGAAGUCCUUUAGGCAGAGCACCCACCUAACUCAGCACCGGAGGAUACACACAGGAGAGAAGCCCUAUGAGUGCAGAGACUGUGGGAGGGCCUUUACACACAGCUCUUCCCUUACCAAGCACCAGAGAGUUCACAGUGGGUAGGCCCACUCAUGUGCUAGGGCUGUUGGAAAGCCUGAAACCUUAGGUCAUUCCUUACUAGACUUGACCCAGUCGUGCUCUUGAGAGACAGCACUUUUGUACACAGCUUUCACACAUAAUAUACUCCUCAGCCUCAGAAUUCACCUUGACAAAUGACUGUGGGACUACCAAGCUCUAGGCCACCAAUCCCCAGAUCUAAACAGCAGAGAAGUGUGCAGAUGGUGAGCACUGAGGACUUUCAACCCCGAGUGCCCAUUAAUGCAGUAUUAUACAACCUACAAAAGAGAAGUGGGGAUGGUUUCUGCCCAAGGACUUAGCAUAUGCUAAACCAGAGGUGUUCAGAGUAGUGAGAAAUCCAACAAAUACCUUUCAUAUAAAAGAACCAAAUGUAGUCAGAAUUUGCCAUUAUUGCACAUUACACUGGUGUGGGGAGGGUGUUUAGAAUGGUGCAAGUUGACCGAUAUUUCAUUAAAAAACAAUAUGGCAUUUCACAAAUGUCAUGUUCAUAGAAUCCCCAUGGAUACCUGACUACCUAGAUAUGAAGUUUUCUGAUUAGUGUCUAAGUUGUACAUGGCAGCUAGUCUCAUGGAUUUGAAUCCCAUUUGACAAAGUAUCAGUGUACUGAAAACAGAUUUUAAAUUAGUUAUCUCUAUAGUGCUUUAUAAUAAAUUAAUCUUUAUAUGCAGCAGUUUUAAAAAACUUUGUAUGAGAAGACUCAAAAAUGUAAAGCUAUUUCCAUGGAGUCUCACAGAUUCUAAGGUAGCUCUUGCUGCUCUGCUCCGGCUAUAAUUUUCUGCAGGAUUCAGAGGCAUUAAAAAGCAGAUGUUGCUAUUUGUUGAAAAAGAGAAAAUUAUUUCCUUUGUUAAGCCAUGAUCUUAUGAGUGAUGGCACCUUGUGUCAGAACCACUUUUUACAAGAGUUCCCUCUUUUGGAAAAUGUAUAAGUUAAUACCCUCCAGAACUGUUUUUCACUGAUUCUUCUUCCUAGUGUUUAAUAGUUUUAUAUGUGUGUAUAAAAGUUUUAACAUGAAGCCCAUGUUGUUGCAUUGAACACUGAAUAUAAAUCAUAGUCUCUCUGACAUCCACAACCUUUAAAUGGUGACUUGCUGCCUUUGGAAUCUGUAUUCACAUUGCAUUGACUGGCUGUUGUUAUGUCAAGUCAAUUUGGUUUCUCAAAUCACAACUCUGAAACAGAUUUCUCUUUUGGAGAAAACAGUCUUCUAACACUGCCUCUUGGUAUGCUUAUGGAAUGCCUCUUUUUGGAAUUAAUUUCAGUGUCAUUUCAUUUAAAAGCACAUUCAGAAAGUCUCAGUAAAUAGUUCACAGAACACUGACUGCCCAAUAGAAACCAUGUAAGGCACAUUGGUCGUAGUAGGCAAAGCUUCUGCGUGCAGUGCUAGCAUCCCAUAUGGGUGCCAGUUUGAGUCCUGGCUGCUCCACUUCCGAUCCAGCUCUCUGCUAUGGCCUGGAAAAGCAGUAGAAGAUGGCCCAAGGGCUUGGGCCCCUGCACCCACUUGGGAGACCUGGAAGAAGCUCCUGGCUCCUGACUUCAGAUCAGCCCAGCUCCAGCCAUUGCAGCCAUUUGGGGAAUGAACCAACAGAUGGAAGAUCUUUCUCUCUGUCUCCCCCUCUCUGUAACUCUAUCUCUCAAAUAAAUAAAUAAUCUUAAAAAAAAAAAAACAUGUAAGCCACAUUGCUAACAUUAAAUAUACUAAUAAUCAAUUUAAAAAGAAAGAACAGGUAAAAUUAAGUCCUAUUUACCCAAUAUAGCCCAAAUGUUACCAUUUCAACAUGUCAUUAUAAAGAAUUGAUAUUUUGCAUUUUUUCUGUGUAUCUUCAAAAUGCAGUGUGCAUUUUAUACUUGCUGCACAUCUCAGUUAACAGUAGCCAUAGUUCAAGUGCACAUUUGGUAUACAGUCCACAUCUAAGCUUUUGAAAUGUCAGCUUUUAAAUUCCCAGCUGAGGCCGGCACCACAGCUCAAUAGGCUAAUCCUUCGCCUAUGGCACUGGCACCCCGGGUUCUAGUCCCGGUCGGGGCGCCGGAUUCUGUCCCAGUUGCUCCUCUUCCUGUCCAGCUCUCUGCUGUGGCUUGGGAGUGCAGAGGAGGAUGGCCCAAGUGCUUGGGUCCUGCACCUGCAUGGGAGACCAGGAGAGGCACCUGGCUCCUGGCUUUGGAUCAGCGUGGUGCGCUGGCCGCAGCAGCCAUUGGGGAGUGAACCAAUGGAAAAAGGAAGACCUUUCUCUAUCUCUCUCUCUCUCACUGUUCACUCUGUCAAAAAAAAAAAAAAAAAUUCCCAGCUGAGGCCCCAAACAUGGUGGAGCAGACCCAAGCCAUCCCUGUUGUGCCCCUUCCACAGUACUGAUCCACUGAAUCUCUGAGCAAAACAAAAUGGCAGUGAUUCAUUUUUGGGGGGAUGGCUCGUGACACAGCAAUGCUAACUAAUACACUCUCAGAGAAGAUAUUUCUUAAAUACAAUUGGGUCACUCUUGCCUCACACUCUCCAAUGGCUUCCUACCACUCUUCAGAGGAAAGAAAAACCUCUCUGGAAGACAAGGUCCAGCAGAAUUGGUCAUCUGUACCCUGCUUUGGGUUUCAGUGUACCCCAGACAUCUGUGUGCUCUCUACAAAAAUCUUGUUUGCCUUUCUCUCUCUCUCUCUCUCUCUCACUGUCCACUCUGCCUGUCCAAAAAAAAAAAAAAAAAAAAAAUCUUGUUUGCUUUUCUGAACUCAUGUUUUUCAUAAAGCUACCCAUAAAUUUUUGGUUUUGACUCAAGGCUGAUCCCUGGACCCUGCUCCAGAACAUAUGUCUGAAUAUUUCAGGUGGUCACGAUGAGGCUGACUCUUGUAUUCUCUGGAGUAUGACAGCCCCUGCUCCACACACUUGAUCUGCCACCCUUCUCAGGGCCUAUGGGAAGGUGCUUACUGCUUCUUUAAGGGACCAGUCCCUCAAACUAUCAACUGGGUAAUACCCGUGCAUCCUCCCUUCUCAAACCCUUAAACUAUUUCUCAGGGAACCUGUUCUGGAAACUUCAUGGCAUGCUCCUUUGUAACAUUUACGUUGAUCGUUAUUUGCUUCUUUGUUUAAGGCCUGCUGCUCUCAGCAACCUCUCUGAAGGCAGGGAGCACCCUCUCUGAUCCUACUUCUCCCUCCCAGGCAGCCCUAGUGACUCCGCAAAAGAUUGCACUUACUGGGUUCCUUCCCGAGUGAGCCGACUGCAGCAACACCUUCCCUCUAUUGAGUGCCUGGGUCAGGGCCCAGGCUGCAGCCAUUAUGAGCCAGGCAUUCCCACAGUGACUGUGGUAUCCAGAAGUGGCUUGUUGCUUCAUUUACACCAAGAGGAAGGCCUCAUGCUUUAAUAAGACAGAUUAUCUCUCCCUCUGCAUACAAAGGAGGAAGGAGACAGCUCAGUAUCUUAAAGGUGAAGGAACCAUCAUGGGGAGAAAAUCAACUCAAGACAGCAGAGCCCAGAGUCGUCAAAAGGUCAAGCAGCUGCCCCACCCUGGAAUAUGUCUCCUGAUCACCUGGGAAAUAAGAUCUGUCAAGGUGGCUGCAGUUUGGAGUUGGAUUUCUGGUGACUAGCGACCAAAAUCAUACACCUUGAGUGGAAGAAUCAUCAAUCAAAAUCAUUUUGUUGUCUGGUUAAAAUCGGGACAGCUAGGGCCUUUGGGAGCUCUGCAGAAAUGCUGCAGGUGCAGAUGGAAAUACAGCUGUUGUUCACUGGGACUUCUGGGAGCUGCCCUUCCUAAAACUCAGGCUUAUUUGUCUUGCGAAAUGACUGUGCUGCACUAUGUUUUGAGAAUCUGGUAUCAGGGCUUUGCCACAGUUAAUGAAGAUGAAAUUCUUAAGGUCACUCUCAUGAACCCCUUACAUUAAGGGCAAGCACCGAAUUUUCUUUGUCAUUUAGAGUUGUUUCUGAAGAGGGACCCCACCCUAGUGGUGUCAGUUUGAGUCCCAGUGAAUCUAGGCUGCAGCAACUCCAUUCCUGGAGAAUCCUGUGGAUGUUCCUGCAGUUCCAAGGGCGGUGGUCCCUGGAUUUUGUUGUAAAUGAAAACAAUCUGAAGUUGUAGGGUGUUAAACCUGAGAUCCUGCUUUGGUUGCUCUGCAGUGGGCUGGUAAUCUGUCCACAAAGGCACUGGAUGAUUCUGAAAACAGGAACCUGGACAUAAUGUGAGAACGGUGCCCUAGACUCCUGAAGUGGUCCCGCUGUAGAAACCCACAGCUCCCAAGUGUGGUCCUGGCCGAGGACUCUCAGGUGAGGGAACAGUGUAAUCUCAGUUUUCAAUAGAUUCAGGCUGGGUAGCAGGGAGGAUAUGCCUUUAUCACAUCAGAAACACAUUUUGUUUUUGCCAUUGUGGUACAGUAUUCUCUCGUGAUGCUAGGCAGCAGAGGGAGCCACAGCUGUCAGUCAUUGGAUCACAGGAGUAAAUUACCCAUACUGUUACUGUCUAGUGUGUUGCUGUUAUGAUGUCUAAUAGGAUAAUUAAAUGCAUUUUGAUACCAUAUUCUCAA